UUGGAGGAAUUAGUAUAGAUAUUCGGAAAGGAAAGUUUGAUUCUUAAAUAGUGACCUCUUAUCUCCACAACUCACAAACAUCAUUUUUUCCACUAUUCUUGUGUUCUCUUCUCUUCUCUGAUCUUCUUCUCUCCCACACCACAACUCACAAACAUCAUUUUUUCCACUAUUCUUGUGUUCUCUUCUCUUCUCUGAUCUUCUUCUCUCCCACAGUUAGCUCAGAAGAACUCAUCCAAAAUGGUUAUCUCAUCAACUGUCAAACAUCCAGAUGAACAUAGUGAAAGCAUAGACUGUACUUUUGCUUCUAGAUACGUGCGUGAAGCAGUUCCAAAGUUCAAGCUGUCAGAGAGUUCUAUACCAAAAGAUGCAGCAUAUCAGAUAAUAAACGAUGAGUUGAUGUUAGAUGGGAAACCAAGGCUUAACUUGGCUUCAUUUGUCACUACUUGGAUGGAACCUGAGUGUGAUAAACUCAUCAUGGAUUCGCUUAACAAGAACUAUGUUGACAUGGAUGAGUAUCCUGUCACCACUGAGCUUCAGAAUCGGUGUGUGAAUAUAAUAGCACAUCUAUUCAAUGCUCCUAUUGGUAAAGAGGAAACAGCAGUAGGUGUUGGAACCGUAGGAUCAUCAGAAGCAAUAAUGUUAGCUGGUUUAGCUUUUAAAAGGAAGUGGCAAACUAAGAGAAAAUCAGAAGGCAAACCUUACGAUAAGCCCAACAUCGUUACCGGGGCUAAUGUGCAGGUUUGUUGGGAAAAAUUUGCUAAGUACUUUGAGGUUGAACUAAAGGAAGUGAAACUCUCGGAAGGAUACUAUGUGAUGGAUCCAUUGAAAGCAGUUGAAAUGGUAGAUGAGAACACUAUCUGUGUUGCAGCCAUUUUGGGUUCAACGCUGACCGGAGAGUUUGAGGAUGUGAAGCUUCUUAACGAACUUCUUACUGUAAAGAACAAAGAGACGGGAUGGGAUACGCCGAUUCAUGUAGAUGCUGCGAGCGGUGGUUUUGUUGCUCCGUUUCUCUACCCUGAUCUGCUAUGGGAUUUUCGCUUGCCGUUGGUGAAAAGCAUCAAUGUUAGCGGUCACAAGUACGGUCUUGUUUAUCCCGGUAUUGGUUGGGUUGUCUGGAGGAAUCAAGAUGACUUGCCGGAUGAUCUUGUUUUUCAUAUCAAUUAUCUUGGAUCUGAUCAGCCAACUUUCACAUUGAAUUUCUCCAAAGGAUCGAGUCAAAUCAUUGCUCAAUACUACCAAUUCAUUCGACUUGGAUUCGAGGGCUACAAAAAUGUGAUGGAAAAUUGCUUGGCGAACACGAGAAUUCUGAAAGAAGGAAUUGAGAAAACUGGAAAGUUUAAGAUUGUGUCCAAGGACGUCGGCGUGCCACUUGUAGCGUUCUCGUUGAAAGACAGUAGCCGGCACACGGUAUUCGAGAUAGCAGACCAUUUGAGAAAAUACGGGUGGAUAGUUCCGGCCUACACAAUGCCUGCGGACGCGCAACACAUUGCGGUCCUGCGAGUGGUGAUCAGGGAGGAUUUUAGCCGCAGCUUGGCUGAGAGACUUGUUUCUGAUAUUUGCAAAGUUGUGACUCUCUUGGAGACACUUCCAAGUACCAUCUCCUCGAAAAGUGCUCAUGUCGCGGUUAUCGCGAGUGAGACGAGCGAGGAGGUUAAGAAAGAUAUUACAGAGACUCAAACUGAGAUUGCAAGUUAUUGGAAGAAGCUUGCUACAGGAAAGAGAGUUGGAACAUGCUAGUGUUGUCAAAUGUUUGUUGUGUUUUGUGAGCUACUUUGUUUGUGUCGUACAAUUAAAUUUAAUGUGUGUAAGGAUUGUUUCAUUGUUACUUUAUUUAUCUAUGUAGAGAUAUAACCAUUGCCAAUGUAUCUCUAAACCAUAUAUUUAUAUGAAUGAAUGAAUAUGAGUUGUCUUGUUUCCUUA